GCAUCAAUAAGUUACCAGUCUGCGGUUUUCCUAUUCUUUUCAUAGGUACCGAGUUCGUGGGUCCAUCGAGACGUGCAUUUGUUGGCAUUUUUAUCUCCGUGUCGUUUUCCUUGGGGUAUCUUCUACUCACCUUCUAUGCGUAUCUGAUCAGAAAUUGGCGCUAUCUUCUACUAACACUGAAUAUGACCUUUGCCCUCUUCUUCUUCUUUUACCCCUUCAUCCCAGAAUCAGUACGUUGGCAAAUCUCUAAAGGUCGGUAUAAAGAGGCUCAAGCAACUGUUAAAAGGGUAGCUAAGAUCAACAAGGUCAAACUCACAGAUGAUUUCUUCUACCAGCACAACUUUUACAGGACAAGGGAAACGACAAAUCCUGAGAGGAACCAUGAUCCGAAUCUUAUCGAUCUCUUUCGAACACCUGUCCUACGAAAAAGAAUGAUCGUGUUGAUCAGUGUUUGGAUGACCAAUAACCUGAUCUUCUACGGAUUGCAUCUAAGCACGGGUAGCUUCGGGGUCAAUAUCUACCUUAGUUUUCUUAUCUCAGCAGUGGUAGAAAUAGUUGCUAUGAUCAUUUGCAUCCUAGUUAUCGAACGGGUUGGACGUCGAUACAGCCUCAUCGCUUGUCUCGCCAUAUCCGGCAUCGCUAGUUGUAUCGCCAUUUUCAUCCCUGUCGGUGCCGCAAAAACUGGGGUAGCCAUGGUGGGGAAGUUUGGUAUCGCUGGUUCCUGGGCGAUUGGAUUGAUAUACCCCUUUGAAAUAUUGCCGAUUGUGACGAGGAGUGUGGGCAUUGGCAUCUGCUCCUCGGCAUCUCGUGUUGUUGCUAUAGCAACCCCUCUCAUGCUCCUCCUCUAUGAUGUAUGGCCACCUGGUCCUCUUGUUCUCCAGACCAUAGCUGCUCUGGUGACGGCCGCUCUAUGCCUCAUCCUCCCUGAGACCAGGGGCAAGAAGCUACCCGAGACGCUGGAAGAUGGUGAAAUGUUUGGAAUGUAG